CUGUCCUCCAGAGUCAUCUGGAUCUAGUGGCAAGACAAAGGUCAAGACGAAUGGUGAUGACCCUCAUUGUUGUUGGUCCUUGUGCAUGAGUUGGAUUUGAGUGAAGUAGAACUGGGCAAAGUCAUCCGCCUCACUCUCUCCUCCAGAGUCAUCAGAGUCCAGUGGCAAGACGAAGGUCAAGACGACUGGCCAUGGCUGAAGGGGCCGGUGCUACCGGAAGGAGGAACACGGCUGGCAGGGAAAGGCUAAAAAGGAGUCCCAAGAGUGCCAAGGCAGAGGGCUCCAGUCCUGUGCCGGCAGAGACCUCACUGUGCUCAGAGCAGGGGACGAUGACAGACGUGAAGGUGAAGACGGAGCUUCCCGAUGACUAUAUCCGGGAGGUGAUCUGGCAGGACGACGCCAAAGAGUCCAAGAAGAACGUCAAGGACGGGUCUGGGGACGUGCCGGCUGAGAUCUGUGUGGUGAUUGGGGGUGUCCGGAACCAGCAGACCCUUGGGUCCUACGAAUGUGGAAUAUGUGGGAAGAAAUACAAAUAUUAUAACUGUUUCCAGACCCAUGUUCGAGCACAUCGAGACACGGAAGCAGCCUCAGGUGAAGGAGCAUCCCAGGGCAACAACUUUAGGUACACAUGUGAUAUCUGUGGGAAGAAAUAUAAAUAUUACAGCUGUUUUCAAGAGCACCGAGACCUGCAUGCCGUGGAUGUGUUUAGUGUCGAAGGAGCCCCAGAGAAUCGGGCAGACCCUUUUGAUCAAUCCGUCGUGGCUACAGAUGAAGUAAAGGAGGAGCCUCCAGAGCCAUUCCAGAAGAUUGGGCCAAAAACUGGUAAUUAUACCUGCGAAUUUUGUGGCAAGCAGUAUAAGUACUACACCCCUUACCAAGAGCACGUGGCCCUUCAUGCCCCCAUCAGUACCUCCGCUGGGUGGGAGCCGUCUGACGAGCCCGACACUAGUUCUGAGUGUUCACAUCCAGAGUUCUCUCGAUCUCCACUCUUCAUGGCAGUGAAGACACAGGCGAGCCAGUCGGGCAAAAAAACACCAGCUUCCAUAGUCCGGUGCUCCACCCUUCUACAACGCACCUCCUCUGGUGCACCUCCAGCCUCCCAAACCCAGAUGUUCCGCGCUCCAAAUUCCGGAUCCCCAGGAAGCAAGGCAACCACAGCAGAAAGCGCCUUCAGUAGGAGAGUCGAGAGCAAAGCACAAAACAACUUUGAAGAAACAAACAGCAGUUCUCAAAACUCAAGUGAAGCUGCAAGCCCCCUGAUUUCCAACCCAUUCCCGCUCUUACAGAAACCUUACACCUGCGGCGCUUGUGGGAUCCAGUUCCAGUUUUAUAACAAUCUCCUGGAGCACAUGCAGUCCCAUGCAGCCGACAAUGAGAAUAACAUCGCUUUCAACCAGCCCCGGUCGCCUCCCGCUGUUGUGGAAGAGAAGUGGAAACCGCAGCCCCAGAGAAACAGCACCAACAACACUUCAGUGAGUGGUUCAGCACCCAACAGCACCAUCCCAGAGAAGGAGCGGCAGAACAUCGCGGAGAGGUUGUUACGCGUGAUGUGCGCAGACUUGGGCACGCUGAGCGUAGUGAGCGGGAAGGAGUUCCUCAAACUGGCACAGACCCUGGUGGACAGUGGUGCCCGCUAUGGCGCCUUCUCGGUCACUGAGAUCCUUGGCAACUUCAACACACUGGCCUUGAAACACUUGCCUCGGAUGUACAACCAGGUGAAGGUGAAGGUCACCUGUGCCCUGGGCAGCAAUGCCUGCCUGGGCAUCGGCGUGACCUGCCACUCUCAGAGCAUCGGUCCCGAUUCCUGCUACAUCCUGACAGCCUACCAGGCCGAGGGCAACCACAUCAAGAGCUACGUCCUGGGCAUCAAGGGCGUGGACAUCCGGGACAGCGGCGACUUUAUCCACCACUGGGUCCAGAAUGUGCUGUCGGAGUUUGUGAUGUCUGAGAUCAGGACGGUCUACGUGACAGACUGCAGGGUGAAUUCAUCUGCCUUCUCCAAGGCUGGCAUGUGCCUUCGCUGCUCAGCCUGUGCCUUGAACUCCGUGGUGCAGAGCGUGUUGAACAAGCGAACGCUGCAGGCCCGCAACAUGCACGAGGUUAUUGAGCUGCUGAAUGUCUGUGAAGACCUGGCGGGCUCCACAGGCCUCUCGAAGGAGACCUUCGGCUCCCUGGAGGAGACCUCGCCCCCGCCCUGCUGGAAUUCGGUGACAGAUUCUCUGCUGCUGGUGCAUGAGCGCUAUGAGCAGAUCUGUGAGUUCUACAGCCGUGCCAAGAAGAUGAACCUCAUUCAGAACCUCAACAAGCACCUCCUGAGCAACCUGGCCGCCAUCUUGGCCCCUGUGAAGCAGGCGGUGAUCGAGCUGAGCCACGAGAGCCGGCCCACCUUGCAGCUGGUGCUGCCCACCUACGUCAAGCUGGAAAAGCUCUUCACAUCCAAGGCCAAUGAUGCCGGGGUUGUCAGUAAGCUCUGCCACCUCUUUCUGGAGGCCCUGAAGGAGAACUUCAAGGUGCACUCGGCCCACAAGGUCGCCAUGAUCCUGGACCCCCAGCAGAAGCUGCGGCCCGUCCCACCCUACCAGCACGAGGAGAUUAUCGGCAAAGUGUGCGAGCUCAUCAACGAGGUGAAGGAGUCCUGGACUGAGGAAGUGGACUUUGAGCCUUCCACCAAGAAGCCACGGGCCGCCGGUGAAGCCGCCACAGCUCAGGAAGAUGACCGGUUUGAGAAAAAUGAAGUUUAUGAUUAUUUGCAGGAACCUCUCUUCCAGUCCACCCCUGACCUCUUUCAAUACUGGUCUUGUGUUACCCAAAAGCAUACGAAACUGGCCAAACUGGCCUUUUGGCUCCUUGCGGUGCCUGCCGUGGGGGCCAGGAGUGAGUGUGUAAAUAUGUGUGAGCAAGCACUUCUCAUUAAAAGGAGACGACUUCUUAGUCCUGAAGACAUGAACAAACUCAUGUUUUUGAAGUCCAAUAUGCUUUAAAACUGUCUUUUAGUUUAAAAAUAAUAAUAAUAAUAAUAAUAACUAUAAAACACUGUCGCAAUCAAAGAAAAGGAAUUUAAGUUCUAAACACUGUGGACCUCAUUAUAAAUACCCCUGGAAACUUAAGUGCUUUUUCUAUGUGUAUAUACAUAAGUGUGUGUGAAAACACACACGUGUGUAUGUACAUAUGUACGCAUACCAUAUGGAUAAAUACACAUACAUUGUGUACGUGGGUAGGUGGUUCUUUGGGUCUGUUUACACAGACAAAGAAACCGCAUAUGUGUGUACACAUAAAUGCCCCAGUGCUCAUGAACACACGUCUGUGUGUACAUGUUGUAUUAAAUGGGGUAUGUGAGGAAAGAUGAGUAUAUGUGAGAAAGGGAGUGCUUUACCAGGAAAAUGCUUCUUGUCUCCAUCAGGGGUUUUUUUUAAACAGACUUUCCAUAUUUUCAGGUGUGCAGACCAGUAGGAGGCUGACGUAAAGUCUUCAGGCAGCUGAGAUCUAAAAGUGACUUGAAGUUUCUUUGAUUUCUCCUCCCUUCUCCCUCCAUCCCUCUCUCCUCCCCUCCCUCUCCCUUCCUCCCUUCUCCUCUCCCCUUCAGGGCUGUCUUGCCAUGGAUAUUUGUAUCUGCAUUAAGUGGACAAUAUCUGCACUGGACUUUGCUUCUCCAAUUACCUUGUAUAUUUUCAGGGCAUUGAUCAGCCGCCUUCCUAACAUCUGUCACAUGUUAGAAAGGCAGCUGCAUUCUAGAAACACACCUAUCUCUUAGAUCAGGAAAGGAGACAUUAUGGAAACAAAUAGGACUUUGUGCUUUUUUAAAUAUAAGAUGGAGAAGAAAACUUUUCAGAAAAGUAGUUACUCUAGUUAACUGUCUCCACACCUUAGUUUUUUGAGUUUUUUUAAAAACA